UACGAACGAAAGAUUUUUGAAAAUUCGUUAAUCUAGAUUUUUAAAGUAAAUUUUAAAAAUUUUAAAAACCAUAUUUUUCAAUUUAAAAAUCUAGAUUAACGAAUUUUCAAAAAUCUUUCGUUCGUAUUUCAAAGAAUCUGAUUAUGAACAACUUUAAACCAACAUUUUUCCUUGAAAAUACUUCUUUCGACCGAAAUUUGGUUCAAGGUGUUUUUAAAAAUAGUUUUUGCUCCAAAAUUCCAUGGGGUAGGUCAAAGCGGAAUAACUCAAUCAAAACUUGUCCGAAUUUUUUUUAUAGAUACAUCUUGAUGACCUUUACCACCGAUUGACAUCAAAAUCGAGAUUAUAAAUAGAAAUUUGAAAAUUUUGAAGAAAGUAUGGGUAAGAUGCUGUGAAACAAUUUAAAAAGAGAAGUUUUUUAAUUUUGAAUUGUUUUGUUAAAUUUUAACAGUUUAUAGAGGACACUUUAAAGUAUAUGUUCUGAAGUUUUUUCGGCUUACUGCCAUUAUUUGACUUAGAAAUGAAUUAAUUGCUUAAAAAAUAUUGAUAAAUUUCUGACUUACUAGACUCACUGAGCAAUCAAAAAUGAGUUCUACAAAUUUUAAGCUAGUCUCUCUUGUAGCCCGUGUGAUAUUGAUCUACCAGAUGAGAUAUUGUUGGAAUUUUUUUAUUAUGCCGUUAUUUUGUAAAUGGGACUCUAAGCUAGUAAAGUAGACUAAAUUAACGUUAAUCAGCACUAAUUAGUUAUUAACAGAAAGGAAAGAGCAAACGUCUUUUCUUUCUUUCCCGUAGUAAAUAUUUUUCACACCUUUCUCUAUCCAUAUAGGUGAGACAGAAUCAAAUUUUUGUGAUGAAAGAGGAACAACCAGGAAAUUUUUUAAUAGUAACCCUGUGCUCAUAAAUUUAACAUCAUUAUUGUAACCAAUUAAUUUUUUUCUGAGUCAAAUAAUGUCAGUAAGCCUAAAAAGCUUCUGAACAUAUACUUCAAAGUGUCCUCUACAAACUUGAAAAUCUUAAAGAAAAUCUAAAUGGGGGACCUCUCCUUAACCUUUUCAAUGUAACGUAACAAGCCAUAUUUUCUUGGUAUAAUAAUUCUAAGGUCAUCCCAUCGUCGAUGUUCUUUUCUUUCUCUCAUGAUCAAUUAGUGUUAAAGGUAGUAUUAUUGAACAAACGUAGAUAUGUUCAAGAUGAACGAGUUUGGUCUAUUUGAUUAACCAACACUUAAGUGAUUCUUCGUACAACCUUGCACAUACAUUCUGCCGUAAUUUUGAGCUGCUUUAAACCCAUUCGCUUGCUUCGACUGUAGUUCAAUUUGUUCAAAAUGACUUUGUAUACCAGAUUUUAUCUUGUAAUUAUAAUAUUUUCUUAAACUAAGUUUCAACUCAAAUAAUUUCAGCUUUUUGAAUUGUUCUCUUUUUACUAACUCAUACUUUCUUCGUCCCGCUACUCGAUUCCUUUUACCUCAAACGACGCAACAUUGAAAAGCGUCAGAUAUCCGUCGCUCAAUUUUCACUUCACGAUUCUAUUUACUAUAAACCUUAAACUAUAAAUGAAAGAAUAUUAAUACCAAAACUCUAGAAGAUCAUGAAUCAAAGCUUCUUGAUCCUCAGUAUUAUUAACUUGUGUGGAGCUAAAUCGGUAUAAAACGUCAUUUUGAACAUACUAUCCUAGUGCAUAUAGCCAAAGUAAUAAGAGAGAGAGAGAGAGAGAGAGAGACAAUGUUUUCGUUAUUUUACAAAAACUGUCUGAUGUAAAAUCCACGUUAGUCGAUCAUGAAAAUGAUAGUAAUCAACUUAUUAAUUGGAUCAGUUAUCUCGAAAGAUAGAUUAUUUUAUCGUAUUUUAAUUUUCGAUAAUUAUAAAUCUGAAUUGAAAUAAUUCAAAUUAUAAAACGGACAAUGCUAUCACUUUAUAGCAUCUUCUAUAUUCUCAACUAGUAAAUCUAUAUUUGGUUAUAUAUUCAUCGAUUAUUAAUCAACAUUUCUAUCGACAGAAAUGUUCUUAACUCAUAUUGAAUGUACAAACACAUUUUCCUAUUCUUUAUCUCUCUCUCUAUUUUUGUAAGUUUAAAUGUAUGAUUUUAAUGUAUAUCAUUUUGUUUUCCUGAUGAUGACAACAGUACGUUGUCGAAAGCAUGAAUAAUAAAAUCAAACGGAAUUUUGUUAAAAUUCAAAAUAAUAUUUAUAGCAGUACUGUACUCUCUCUUUCACGUUAUUACUUUAUUCAUCUGUAGAAAUGUACUAGAAAUAAAGAAAAUAUUUUUAAAACUUCAAUUUUUAAAUCUUUUAUUUUUAUAACUAAAAUUAACUAUAAUAAGAAGAAAUAUUUAUUUAUUACCAUUCCAUGAUCAAACCAUGGUCUACGAAUGAAACAUUUUUUGUUCGCAACGAAUAUUUACUACUACUAAACGAAACUGUUAGUGAACGAUGAAAAAACGAGUGUUUCAGGCAGCUCCCUGUGAAGAUGAAAAGAAAGGUUAUAUCAGAUUUUUUUUAUUUAUGUCUGGGCAAAGUUGUUUUAGCGGAAAAAUUUAGGUAAACUGUACGAUUCGCCAGUCUAAAACUAUUUGGACGUGAAGAAAACAAAGCUUUUUUAAUUUUUUUGUAAAAAUUUGAACAAAACUAUGACUUUAAGCUAUUUUAGAUUUUCUUACCAUUGUAUAUCUUUGCAGAGUUUUCUGUAAUGGAGUGCGUGGUAUCUUCAUUAUGUUCAAUCAAUUCCAGACGAAAACAAAAGAACAAAAGUUUUUAUGGAUGGCAAACGAUGAGAGAAGACUGUCGAGUUGGUUUUAGAUCGUCUAAGUAAACAUUUGAAAUUCAAAAUUACAUUUAUAUACCGCAUGUGCGAGUUGAAAAACAGAAUAUCUUCUCAUCUGUUCUAUAUCCGGCGCAAGAUUCGUAGCCAUAUUUCAGCAUAUCUGUCUAUCAGGAUUAUAAUGAAAGAACGUAUCUAUCUUUUUUAAUCUCUAAUCCUGUCUGUUUUAAUAGAAAAAAAUUAGCAAAUUGGUAAAAACGUAGAUAUAUUUCAAAAAUUGACGGACUUCUCAAUUAAAUACUGAUGUGCGUUACUUACUAGAGAGAAAAUUCGUUAACUAAUAAAAUGCAUCGUUUUGAGCAGAUAUGUUGGUCUAUACGACUGACUUGCAUGCAAAAGGUUUCUAAUGAUAUUACAGAAUCUGAGCGUUAGAAUUUUGUUUUUCCAAAAUUCUUAUUUCUAGAAAUUUUUAUGGAAUUUUUAUACACACAGUUGUUGAUUGAAAACUCUUUCAGCUAUUCAAAUCUUUUUUCAGAUGUGUUCUAGCUGUUUCGAUCAAGUAGAAAAGUCAAAAAUAAAUCUUUUCCACAGUAGUGUACAUCAUGCAUUUUUGUUUUUAAAAUUUUCUAGCUCGUCGAUAAAUCUAAACGAUUCACUUAAGACUUGUACACCGAACGGAAAAAAAGAGAUGAUGUAGUUUUGUUUGUUCUGCCUAUUCUCUUCUUCGUUUCUUGUUUAUUAUUCUGUACAUGACGGAUUGUUCUGUAAAAAAAAAGCAAAAAGGAAGCAUAUGAUUUGGUUUUUUAAGAGUACGAUUUCAAUUUUCAAUGUUCAUACAAAGACACAUUGAACUUUGACAAACAGUAUAUACAACGUGUUUUUAGAAUAUGUUAGAAACAUGAAACACACGUGAAUGAACUAAAAAAAUCUGUAUUUACUUUUAAACGAUUGCACGUAUUCACCCCUAUUGUCGAAAAGAUAAGUAAAAGUUUAGUACGGAAAAAGGAUAAACUUGAAGACAGAACGUCACAUCAUGAAGAUUGAAUUGACCUUUUUAGUUGAUCAACAUACAUGUUGUGAGGUAUUUUUGUACUUAUUUCGAUCUCCGAAGCAUGAGCUCAGAUGCAGGUGGAACAUAUAUGAGCACUUAUAUCUUUGACAAGACACGGGAGAUUAAGAACAGAUAAAAGGAAGGUACAAAGACACGAUAAUAGGUUUUUCAAGACAGAUACUUGCUUAUCAUAUAGUAAUACAGAAUUUUUUCUACUUGGACAUUGAUUUGCUUUUUUUCUAGAUGUCUAGAAAUGAUAGUUUAAACCCAUCAUCUACUUUGUCUAAUGGUAUCAUCACGACUGUGUCUUCUCUUCCCUUAUCAAACACUAUUAGUUCCAUUUCGUCGCCGUUGAAAUCAAAGAGAUCGGCUAAAAAAUUGAAUUCAUUGUAUACCAGCGAUAAUUAUUGUCCAAUAUGCGGUGUUUAUUUAUGUUGUAUACAAUAUAUUUCAAAUCAACUGACAGAAUCUCAAAAUGAAGAAGACGAAUAUCCACUUGACGAUCGAAUUCAAGAAUUAGUUAGAUAUCAUUUUCUGUCAACAAAAAAUGAAUGUCAAAUGAAAUUAUGUCAGUGGCAACAAGACAUGUUGCAUAGAAUGGAAGAAAAACAUCAGAGAAAAACAGUAGCCUCGUUAUCAUCAACUUCAUCAUCACCAACAUCAGGUAAGCUUGGUUACAUAUCAACACUUAACCUACCAGAAGCUACGCCUUCAUAUACAUCAACCUCGUUAUCUCAACAGACUGUCGCCCCAUUAAUUGAUGUUACAAAACUAGAGAAUGUUAAACCAAUAAAAACUUAUCCGAUGUCAGCUCGUAUCGGUGUGGCAUUAGCUACAUCGGACAAGUAUAUUAUGGCUUACGAACAUUUCCCAAAAUGUUUAGUGAUAUUUGAUCAACAUGUCGAACAUUGUAAAUUACUGUUGAAAAAAGAAUGUUACGAUGUUAUUGAUAUUUGUUGGUCUCCGUUUAUUAAAGAAUUUUGUUGUAUUACCCGAGAUGAAUUAUUCACAUGUGAACCAGAAUCAGGUUUAAUCCAUGAGGUUGAACCUCUUCAAAUGUCUGUUAAUGAACUAAUAACAUCUGUGGCAUGCUCUCAUGAACAAUACGUUUAUUUAUGUUACUCUUAUGGUGCAGUUAUUGAACAAUGGUCAAUUCCACAUUGGAAAUUAGAAAAAUAUUGGAAGAAAAAAGUUGACAUUUUUUUCGAUAACGAAUUUUUGGUUGGUUCGAUUCGUUGUGGUUUUGAGCCGACAGAUCCAUACUUACAUGCAAUUAUCAAAGAUGGUGAUGGUACAUGGCAUAUUGAUUUACUUGAUCCAAGAGCAAAUAUGCAAAAAUUUAAAACAAUUCCUAUUGAGAAACGAAAUGGUGGUUUUCUAUCUCAAUUUGUACCAUUGAAUUAUGGUCAAGGUUAUCUCUGUGUUGGUUACAAUCAUAUGAAAUUGAUUGAUGAUUCUAAUGGUGAGUGGAAAAAAAUUAUUUUAAGAGAAGAAGAAUCAAAAUUGGCUAUUGUACAUAAUGUAUGCAUAUUGAAGAAGAAAUUUCUAGCUGUACGUGGAAAUGAUCAUGUUAGACUCUAUAAACUCUAA